AAGGCAAAACAACAAAAAAAAAAAUUCAGACAAGAAACCUCAACGGCUCAGACCCACCAAUAUCUUUGCUUCUGUCUCAAAGAAUCAGCACUAAUUAUACAUACAUAUAUGAAAAAAAGGAUCCAUCUUUUUCUAAAUCUCUUCUCCCUUUCUUUUUUUUUGACUGAUUAGGAUUUUUCUUCUUCUUUCUGAUCAGUUGCGAAUCGAGCUGGAUUCUCUUGCCUCCUUAUUUUUUCUUUUCUUUCUAUUCAAAUCAAAUCAAAUCAAAUAAGGUCUCUUUAUUAUAUUUUGUUUCUCGUUAUUUAGUGAAGGAGAUAAAUUCGCUAAAAAAAAGGCGAAUCUUUAUUUUUUAUUUUUUGGUUGUAAAAAUUAUAAAAGCUGGCUUUCUCAAAAUUUCUUCAUGUCGUCGACCAAGGAGAAGAAGAAGAAGAAGAAAGAGAACGUCUUCUCUUAGCAACCAUGACCGCCACCGAAGCUAAGAAUCGCAAAACCAAUGUCGGAGACGAUGAUGAUCUUGUUGAUAUCGAAAUCCCUGACACUGCUCACCAAAUUAGCAGCGAUUCAUGGUUUCAGGUGGCGUUCGUUUUGACUACCGGUAUAAACAGUGCGUAUGUGUUGGGAUAUUCAGGAACAAUCAUGGUUCCUUUAGGUUGGAUUGGUGGUGUAGUUGGUCUUCUUAUUGCUACUGCUAUCUCUCUCUAUGCAAAUACUCUCAUUGCCAAGCUUCAUGAGUUUGGUGGCAAAAGACACAUUCGCUAUAGGGACCUUGCUGGAUUCAUUUACGGUAGACAGGCUUAUCAUCUUACAUGGGGAUUGCAAUAUAUCAAUCUUUUCAUGAUCAAUUGUGGAUUCAUCAUACUAGCUGGUUCUGCCUUGAAGGCUGUUUAUGUGCUUUUCAGGGAUGAUCAUACCAUGAAACUACCUCAUUUUAUAGCCAUUGCUGGUUUGAUUUGUGCUAUUUUCGCUAUUGGGAUUCCUCAUCUAUCAGCUCUUGGGGUCUGGCUUGCGGUUUCAACCAUCCUCAGUCUCAUCUACAGCGUUGUGGCAAUCGUGCUAUCGGUUAGAGACGGAGUCAAAACACCAUCAAGAGACUACGAGAUACAAGGAUCAUCAUUCAGCAAAAUAUUCACCAUCACAGGAGCAGCAGCAAAUCUUGUUUUUGCAUUCAACACCGGGAUGCUUCCAGAGAUUCAGGCAACAGUGAGGCAACCAGUUGUAAAGAACAUGAUGAAGGCUCUAUAUUUUCAAUUCACAGCGGGUGUUUUACCGAUGUACGCAGUCACAUUCAUCGGUUAUUGGGCUUACGGAUCCUCAACCUCGACCUUUCUACUAAACAGCGUCAAUGGUCCUCUCUGGGUCAAAGCCCUUGCUAACAUAUCAGCUAUCCUUCAAUCCGUUAUCUCUUUGCAUAUAUUUGCGAGUCCAACAUAUGAGUACAUGGACACAAAGUUUGGAAUCAAAGGAAACCCAUUGGCGAUAAAGAACUUGAUGUUUAGGGUCAUGGCUAGAGGCGGGUACAUAGCAGUUAGCACGCUUCUCUCAGCGCUCUUGCCGUUCUUGGGUGACUUCAUGAGCCUCACUGGUGCAGUGAGCACAUUCCCGCUCACAUUCAUUCUAGCCAACCAUAUGUACUAUAAGGCUAAGAACAAUAAACUCAAUUCAAUGCAAAAGCUAUGGCAUUGGCUGAACGUUGUCUUCUUCAGUUUGAUGUCUGUUGCUGCAGCCAUUGCAGCUGUCAGGCUCAUCGCCGUUGAUUCUAAAAAUUUCCACGUUUUUGCAGAUUUGUAAUUCAUUAUAUAUAUAUUUAUUAUAGUCAACUUGUAUGUUGUUUAUUCUUAGGCGGGGUUUAAUUUCUCCUACCAUAUAUAAGCUUGUUGUAUUCUCUCUC